AUGGAUUAUGUAGUUGUGAUAUCUUUGUGUUUCUUUCUUCAAAAUGUGUAUGUCAGAUUCCAAACGUUAAACGAUCUUUGGAAAUGUCUACCGGCCGACUUAGUCCCCUUCUCCGACCAAUGGACACACAUCGAAAUUGUUAUUUUAAUGGAAAACACGCCGCUGUUACACGCUGAACUGUGUGAUUUGUUAAAAAUGUUCACUCUAGGUUACGGUAGAAUGCUUUUGAGUUUCUUCAUAUUCAGCUUUAUCAAUAUGCUUUUCAGUGUUUAUAUAGUUCUCAACUCUUAUGAAUUAUCCGGCUCAAAAGCCAAUGCAAAUGUAUUUAAAAACAUGUUAAUGCUGUCAAUCUACGCACAAUGUGUUACGUUUUUGAUGUCUAUUAUCACAUUCGUUUCAUUCAUAAACAAAAAGAGAUUGGAGAUGAUAUCAUAUCUACGAUUAUACCGAAUUUCAAUUUUACACUUGGACAUAAAGCGACAAAUUAAAAUGUUUAUGAAUCAAAUAUCAGUUUGCUAUUCGGACCAAAUUUCGGCAUUUGGAUUUUUUGAUAUCAAUUUAAAUCUCGUUACAUCUGUACUUGUAUUGUUGAUUAGUGGAACUAUAACAUUGGUACAAAUGAAAAGUCACCCAAUGAUAUUGAAACUAAACAAUGACACAUAUUCUUUUUUUCAAAACUUGGCAAAAAGAGAAUAA